CCGGAAGCUACGGAUUUGGAAUAUCGUCCGAAGUAGCGCUGCUGGCGUGGGUCCGCGGUGCGUGGCGGAGGCACGUGGUGCGUAGUGCGUGGUGUGUGGCUUGACUGGGCUGCGCGCCCCUCCCGCGCGACCAGGAGGUCCUCCCCGUGGAGCCUCAGCUUCCUCUGCUUGCAGUAGAGGAGCACGCCCCUUACGGAGAUACCCUAGGCCCCGGCUUCCAGCUCCGUUGCCGACCUGGGGGGCUCCGGGACUGGGACCGACAGAGCGGGCUCCGGCAUCCCCGCCGCCCCAGGUGUCUGUGCGUGACGGACACUCGCGUUCCCAGAGUCCCCCGCGCAGGCGGGAUGUUUGUCCUGGUGGAGAUGGUUGACACCGUGCGGAUACCCCCGUGGCAGUUUGAGAGGAAGCUCAACGACUCUAUUGCCGAGGAGCUGAACAAGAAAUUGGCCAACAAGGUUGUGUACAACGUGGGGCUCUGCAUCUGUCUGUUUGACAUCACCAAGCUGGAGGAUGCCUACGUGUUCCCGGGGGACGGCGCAUCACACACCAAAGUUCACUUUCGCUACGUGGUGUUUCACCCGUUCCUGGACGAGAUCCUGAUUGGGAAGAUCAAGGGCUGCAGCCCGGAGGGCGUGCACGUCUCUCUAGGGUUCUUUGAUGACAUUCUCAUCCCUCCGGAGUCGCUGCAGCAGCCGGCCAAGUUCGACGAAGCAGAGCAGGUGUGGGUGUGGGAGUACGAGACGGAGGAGGGGGCGCACGACCUGUACAUGGACACUGGCGAGGAGCUCCGCUUCCGGGUGGUGGACGAGAGCUUCGUGGACACGUCCCCCACGGGGCCCAGCUCGGCCGAGGCCGCCUCGUCCAGCGAGGAGCUGCCAAGGAAGGAGGCUCCAUACACGCUUGUGGGAUCCAUUUGUGAGCCGGGCCUGGGCCUUCUCUCCUGGUGGACUAGCAGCUAGCCCUGCGCCUGGACAGUGGCCUGCGGCCGGCCCUGGAGACCACAGCGCUUCUGCGGAUGCCGAGGAGUGGAGACCGUCCCUCACCAGGUUGUGGCCGCCCCCGACCUCCCAGAGCCGACGUCUCAGGAGCCCGGUGGACCGCUGCCUCUCCGCAACAGCAAAGACAUGUAAUAAAUGAUGGAUGAGCGACCCUUGUCUCAAUGAUGUGAGGUCACCGGGUUGCCACAGCUGGGACAGCAUGUCCUGCCUCACCCCAAAUCACUUCUGGAGAUGCUCCCGCCCCCGCAAGCAGGACUUGGGGGUUGAGAGGUCCAGGCGCCCUCAGGCCGGGCUGUGGACCGGCAGAGCUUGGCAUAGCUGCCAGGUGCUGAGCCGGGUCUGACCUUGUAGGGCCAACCACCUUCCUUCCCACCAGCAUGUGGACUCAGGAAAAUGGAGGCGGUGGGCUUGGCUGGCCUAAGGGGCGAGGGCUGGUGACCUGCUCUUGUGCCCCCACCAGCAGUACAGCAGGAAGCCUCGGGCCAGCUGUCACUCUCGGACUUCGGCCACGCCAGGAACACCCUGUGAGUCUGUCUGCUGGUGAUGCGGGAUGCUGGCACCGGCAGGCGCCUCGUCGUUUAUUCAGCAGAGUGGCUCUGCCAGACUCACUCCUGGCAGGACUGGGACAUGGUCGGUCUGGUAGCACCACCAGAUGUCUGUCAGGCCAGCCUUGUCCUGAUGAAGGGGGUCUCCCGGCUCAGGCGGACACAGGCCUGGAGGUGCUCCAGGGAGAGGAGCAGUUGCAGAGCAGUGCCUGCUGCCACCUUGUGCUGGGUGGGGGGAACAGUGCACACAGGAAUGGACGAGCUGUGACCUUGGACAUGGUGGCCUGUCUGUAAAAUAGACACUCUGGGGCAACUCAAUGCCCAGGGGAAGGGGGAGGCUCUAUCUUGGGCCCACUCCCCAGCUCAGCUGGGAAGCUACUGUGAUAUUCGGGGGUAGGGAGGCGGCCUGGUGGGGCUGAAAGAAAAGUGCCAAGUGUGGUGACGGGUCCAGCUGUGGCGGGACUGCCUGGCAGCCACAGUAAUGGAGUUGAUAAUAGCACAGAGAAACCACCACUCACAGAGCAAGAGUCACUGGAUUUGGAUUCUUAUUUUCUUUGCAAGAGCAAAAGGUUUCUUUAAAAUCCUUCAGCCACCAGUGAAAUGAUCAGGCAGGAGAAAAAUUUAGAUGGAAGUCUUAUCAUCAAAAAUAAAUACAGUUGCAUGAA